GUCAAAUUGAUAUCCCCCCCAAAGCGUCAUAUCGGGUUAAAUAAUACGAGUAAGUGCGAUAAUAACGGUUCAGGUUGUUGUAUGUACAGCAUUGCAUUGGCAAGCUGGGUGAGCCAGUUUCACACACGUCAGGGUCAUUGAACACCCCAUAUAUACUAGUCACUGUGUUAUCUCUCAGCGUUAUGUCUGCGUUAGCAAGCCAGUUCAUAGGGUUGACCGUCUCUCUAGUGCAACUGGGUAUUGCUGUCGCCCAGGGAUUCUGUUAUUAUCGAGCUUUCCCUCGUGACAAACAGCUGCUCAAGUGUCUCGUUGUCACUCUCUUGAUCCUGAAUGCGUUCGCGACGGCAUUGACCGGUUUUAUGUACUGGUCGUUCUUCUCCUAUUGUUUUCGAAGUUAUUCUUCAAAGUGUCAGGCGUGGGACACGGCGGCGAUGGUCCUUCUCUGUCUGGCUUCUACAGUACCAUUCAUUGUGCAAAGUUUUUAUUGUCAUCGUGUGUGGAUAAUCAGCAACAAAAACAUCUACGUCACCAUACCAAUAAUUUUAUUCUCAGUUUCGUCAUAUGCGCUCGGUUUGGUAAUUGUUCCACAGCAGAGCUCCGGGGCUUUCGCGAGCGAUGGACCACUCAAAGUAUCUACUGCAGGGGCAUUUCUGAGCGUUGUGUGUGACUCCAUGAUUAGUCUUUCCGUAUACUUUUACCUGCGUUCUGGAAGAUCUGGGGUCCGGCGCAUGGACACCCGUAUCCCGUGCAUAACCAAGAAUUUUAUCGGCACGGGGUUUCUUUCAUGUUUGCUGGCCAUCAGCAUUUGCAUCUUGUACUGGGUAAACGCGCCUGCUGCCAUCGGAGGCGUAGCUAUGGUUCUCAGAAAUUCCUACGGAAAUUCGGUGCUGGCCAUACUCAACGCCAGGAAGCCAAUCGACAGGUCUCAAAUGAUGGAUGUGGAACUUCCAACGAUUGCAGUGCAUAAUUCAAGAUAAAGCGGCUGACCACUUCGCGAGUCGAAAUUCCGGGUCCUAAUGAUUGAACUAUGAAAACAUCUUUAUGCGUUCGUCGCACCCUGUCUCGUUGCUGACAAGGACAGUACGUCAAGUGACUCGUGAUUUGUUAGGUCUUGCAUGUAGCUCAACACUUAAGAGUAUGCAUAUGUUUCAGAUUCGUACCAAAGGGAUGCCACCUAGAAGUUGGGCAAUUCGUUAUCUGAAUCCCCAUCGAUAUCUGGCGAAUCCUCAUGCUGGCAACCAUGCCAGGGUGGAAUAAGUAGUAUUAACCGUUACGAAUGCCAUAUAGAGGCUGAAGUGGUGCAAGUUUGAAGCUUGAAGAAUAUGGCUAAUACGGCCAAGAGUAAUUAAGAGAUGUACCACGUGUGAAAUCUAUAC